ACAGCUUUCAAAACAGAAAAGUCAGAAACCGUUUAUCUCUCUCUACUCUCUCUAGAUGGCUCGUUCCCUCUCCCUCUCCCUCUCACUUUCUCUCUCUAAAACCCGACUCACCGCCGCUGCAUCCUCUCUCCUCCCUUCAACACACCUCCUCUCCUUCCGAUCCCAAUCCUCCGACCGUCGCGGCGAUCUCUACGAAUUCGACAUCGCCGCGUCUCAAUCCCCAUCUGAUCCUUUAAUCCAAAAGCUCGAAGACGCCGUUCACCGGAUAGUUGUCCGACGAUCGGCGCCUGAUUGGCUCCCGUUUGUUCCCGGUGGUUCGUACUGGGUCCCGCCUCCUGGAUCUGGAUCUCAGACUCACGGGAUCGCUCAGCUCGUAGCUAAGCUGGCUAAUCCUUUAACAGAUGAGGAAUCUAUCUCCAGUACUAAUAAUUCAUCUCGUGGAUGGCCUUCCUCUGAUUAUUUCCUUAAAGGUGUGCAGCCUUUAUUGAUGGAGGCUAAGACAGAUACGACUUCAAAUAUAGAGUCUCACUCCGAGGAUGAGGAAGGGUAAAGAGAAUACUAAUUGAAGAAUCAACCGGCGUUUGGAAUAGAAGAAAGCUAGCAGGAU